UAGCAGACUGGCCAGAGACAUGAACAAAUGUUAUUCAAUGCAGGCGGAGGAGCCAGAGAACGGGACCAAAGUUAAAGAGUCCUUCAAUUUUUUGCCGGAGCUGAACAGGGAAAACAAGAGGGAUGUGUGGAGGGACGGUGGAGAGGAGCGAUCAGAUCCCUCCUGCUGUCUCAGUGUCAGCAAGAUCUCCUACACAGUCAGUGAGCGUGUGGGUCCGUGGUGGGACGUACCAUCCUACAGGAAGCGAUGGACACGUCAAAUCCUCAAUGAUGUCUCUUUCCACAUAGACAGUGGGCAGAUCAUGGGCAUACUGGGAAAUUCAGGCUCAGGGAAGACCACAUUGUUGGACGCCAUCUCAGGGAGGAUUGGAAACUGUGGUACGCUGUUGGGUGAGGUCUUCAUUAACGGCAGGAAAAUGAAGAGAGAAGAGUAUCAGGACUGCUUCUCUUAUGUGCUGCAGAGUGAUAACUUGUUGAGCUAUCUGACAGUGGAGGAAACUCUGACCUACACAGCACAGCUGGCCCUGCGGAAACACUCGGCUGAAGCUAUCAAGAAGAAGGUGUCGGCGGUGAUGGCUGAGUUGAGUUUGACUCAUGUGGCCCACAGUGUUAUUGGAGGUCGUGUUUUCCCAGGGAUCUCUGGGGGCGAGAGGAGGAGGGUUUCUAUCGCCAGCCAGCUACUUCAGGACCCACGAGUGAUCCUAUUGGACGAGCCGACCACUGGCCUGGACAGCAUGACCGCCAAUCAGAUAGUGGUGCUGCUGGCAGAGCUGGCCAGGAGGAACCGUAUCGUCAUAGUAACCAUCCACCAACCGCGCUCCGAGCUCUUCAGGGUGUUCAGCAGAAUAGCUAUAAUGAGUCGUGGAGAGCUGGUGUUCUGUGGGCAGCCAGAAGAGAUGGUGGACUUCUUCAGCCAAUGUGGCUACGAGUGUCCCGAGUACUGCAACCCCUUUGACAUAUAUGUUGACUUCACCUCAGUGGACACACGCAGCAGUGAGAGGGAGGCAGCCACCUUCAAUCGCAUGCAUGAGAUCACUUCAUCCUAUCAGAGGUCUGCUAUCUACCAGAACAUGCUGGGAAAAAUGGAGCAGAGCCUUCAGCGGGCAGACAAGCCAGCCAUCCCCUUUAAGAGCAAAGAGUCACCCAACGGCGCAGCCAAACUUGAGGUUCUCCUCAGGCGGACAGCAAGAAACCUGUCCAGAGACAGGAUGGGUGUCCUGAUGCGUCUGUCCCAGAACCUGAUCUACGGUCUCUUUGUGGCCUUCUUCGUGAUGCGUUUAGACAACGACGUCAGCAAGGGUGCCGUGCAGGACCGCAUCGGCAUCAUCUAUCAGAGCAUUGGUGCUUCACCCUACACCGGCAUGCUGAAUGCUGUAGCUCUCUUCCCAGCGUUGCGAGCCAUAGGAGAUCAGGAGAGUCAGGAUGGUCUGUACAGUAAAUGGCAAAUGUUCUUGGCCUACAUCUUCCACAUCCUGCCCUUCAGCAUCCUCAGUGUUUUCAUCUUCACCUCUUUCCUUUACUGGACAGUGGGGAUGAACCCUGACAGUUUGCGCUUCCUGUGUUUCACUGCAGUAGUGCUGGUGCCACAUAUUAUAGGUGAGUUGCUGACUGUGGUGCUGUUAGGAGUAGUCCAAGACCCUAAUAUGGUCAACACUGGAGUGGCUCUGCUCAAUAUUGCAGGGAUCGUUGUGGGAUCCGGUUUCCUAAGAAGCACCCAGCAGAUGCCAGAGGUCUUCAAGUGGCUCAGCUACCUGACCUUCCAGAAGUACAGCUGUGAGCUGCUCAUAGUCACAGAGUUCCAAGGACUCAACUUCACAUGCAAUGUUUCCAAACCUUUGCCGGGAGCCUGUCUAGUCACUCAAGGCAAUCAGAUCAUUGAUGAGGGCUAUCCUGGCGCUCUGUCCCGAUACACACUAGACUUUGUUCUCCUCUACUCCUUCCUCCCUGCCCUCCUGCUGUUGGGCAUGAUCAGCUUCAAGAUCAGAGACAAGCUUGUACGUCACUAAAACCACAGACAUACAUUAGU